UCACUGACAUUGACUUAGCAAAAGACCGUGGGGCUGUAAAUGCAGGAAGGUGUCCUGGUUGCAAUGGCAAAGCUGUGGCUGUUGGGGAUGCUGAUCGGCCCUGCUGCAGCCCUUUUGUUGACGGUGCCCGAAUCUCUGAUUUCCAUCUCGGAAGGUAAUACAGCCUUGCUCUCUGCCUCGUUGACUUUUCCGACUUCGGUGCCGGGCUACUUCCAGGUGCGAUGGCGUUUUGUCACUGGCCGUCAGGCGGUGCUGAUUCUCAUGGCGGACAACUGCUUGGCAGGGAACGGUACUCGGCCCUGGAGGGACUUCUGCAAAAUCAGCGUUAGGAAAGCAGACAAAUACAGACAUCGUGUAGAAUUGUCCUCUGAGGAUGCUUCUCUGUUACUCAAGGAUGCGAGAGCUGAGGAUUCUGGGAUUUACUGCAUCACCUUGCUGGCAUUGGACGUGAUGCUGUCGGCUAACAUCAGCCUAACAGUGACCAAGGCAGAAACAAACAAUACCAAAUACAAGGGCGUACGAUUUCUAGAAGAGGAGAGAAAUGGAAUGCGUAUCAGUAAAAGUACAGGAGCGACAGGGAUGAACGCUUCAACCGAUCAGGCUGAGAGUUCGUCUAACAGGCCAGUUCUGGCAUCUCCCCCAAGGAAUGUGGGUGGUUCUGUCUCUUUCACGAAGGCAGCAAAUGACAGCGACUCUACGGUCUCCAACAUCAUUCAUUUGAGCUUAGCGGGCUUGAUUCUCUGUCUCCUUGGCCUAAUCAUAGCAGAGCAUGUUUCCUUCACGUGCUGCAGUGAGAGACACUCAGCAAUCAGGGAUAGGGACGCGGGGGGCACUGUGGUCUAA